AUGUUAUCAGCGUUCACAGCUCGGCCUCUCGUCGAGCUCAAGCCCCGAGACAAGUCUAGGAUUGAGUCGGUGCUCGCCUACGGCGACCGACUCCUUGUCGGACUGAACAAUGGGAGCUUACGGAUAUACAGAAUAAACGAGGUGUCCCCGGACGAACAAAACCACGAUGACAGCAACAAUCAUAGCCAUGACGAGCAGGGCGGUGGAGGUACACUCAAGAAGGGGGAUAGUGGCCGACCUGGGACGACGGAUUCCGUCGCCAAGCCAAAACAGACUGAUUUGCUUCGGGAAUUGGAGAAGUUCUCGAGAUACAAGAUUGAGCAGCUGGCCUUGAUCAAGGAGGCUAAGCUACUCAUUUCGCUGUCGGGCGGAUACAUCUCGAUUCAUGACCUGCAGACCUACGAGAUCCAAGAACAGCUUACCAAAACGAAAGGAGCAACCACGUUUAACGUGACUUCGAAUAUCGUGAACGAUCCAGAAACCGGUGUUCCGUCCAUUGUAUCUCGUCUGGCAGUCGCGGUGAAGAGGAAGAUAUUGUUGUGGUCAUGGCGCGAUAUGGAGUUGGAUAGCGACGCUGCUGAGAUGACACUGGUCAGUGGGAUCAAAACGCUCACAUGGGUUUCCGGGACAAAACUCGUGGCUGGACUCGGCUCGAACUUUGUAAUGGUGGAUAUCGAGACUUCAGUGGUGACCGAUUUAGCCGGGCCGGGAAGCAUUGGAGGUCUAGGGGGCCAGGAGACGAGUCGUCUAGCCGGCGUCGGGGUUGCUAGCAUGAGCUAUAUCGGAAUUGGCGGGGCAGCUCCGAAGCCACUGGCGACACGGCUUAGCGAAGGGCAGAUAUUAUUAGCAAAGGACAUCAACACACAUUUCAUCGACAUCAACGGCAACUCCCUGGGACGGAGACAGAUCCCAUGGAGCCAUGCGCCGGCAAAUAUUGGGUACUCUUACCCUUUCCUCCUCGCGCUUCAUGACCCUUCAAAGGGUGUAAUGGAGGUUAGGAAUCCGGAGACGCUGUCAUUGUUGCAGUCCGUGGCUCUACCGUCCGCAAGUAUCCUGCACUUCCCACAACCAAGUAUUAGUUUGGCACAUGCAGGCAAGGGUUUUCUAGUUGGUAGUGACCGCACAAUAUGGCGGAUGGAGGCCCUGAGCUAUGAUACGCAAAUAGAUACUCUUGUGGAAAAGGGUUAUUUAGACGAAGCGAUCAGUCUUACUAGCAUGUUAGAAGACGCCUUGCUCAGUGACAAGAAAGGUCGACUAAGGACAAUCAAAAUGGAAAAGGCCCAAGGACUUUUUACCCUACGCAAAUACCGUGACUCAAUGGAUUUGUUCACCGAGAUCUCGGCUCCCCCAGAGACUGUUAUCCGGUUGUACCCUAAAGUCAUUGCCGGUGAUCUAUCGUCAAUUGACGAAGAGGAGGAAUCUGAGGAGAGUAUCACAGAUGAUCCAUCAAAGACAAAUGAGGGUCAAGUUCAGCUGGACGGUGCUAUCACAGAGAAUGCUUCUGCUCCAAAGACACUCAACCAUGCUCCCUCGGUGAGAUCUCUCCUUCGAACCCGCACAGAUGAUUGGAGCGAUGCUGGCAGUAUCCGCGGCAAGCCCACGGAAGAAGCCCGAAACGAGAAACCUCUGCACGGGAAAGACCUCUUGACUGCCGUUCGUGAAUUACAGAAAUAUCUGGCCGACGUACGGAGGAGGUUCCAGCGGUUCUUGAACCCUGACGGAACACUCAAGACGAUCGACUCGCCCUCAGACGCAGCAAACGAUGAGUUCACUGAUUCGGUGAUGAAAUUGCUUGAUAUCACCAAGGAUAUCCAUGAUCACGAAUUCGCUGAAAAGCUGCACGAGGAAGCCAGGCUCGUCGAUACGACUUUCUUCCGAGUUUGCAUGUACGCCACUCCUGCUCUCGCUGGCUCACUCUUCCGUAUCGCCAACUUCUGCGACCCGGAGGUUGUCAUGGAAAAACUGGAGGAAACUGGCCGUUACAAUGACUUGAUCGAUUUCCUAUACGGAAAGAAGAUGCAUCGUCAAGCCCUAGAGCUCCUACAACGAUUCGGCCAAGCUGAAUCCGAGACCGAAACGGCGCCGCAGCUUCAUGGUCCCAAGAGAACAGUUGCCUACCUGCAAAACUUGGCACCAGAUCGAAUUGACCUCAUCCUCGAAUUUGCUGAAUGGCCCGUGCGGGAAGACCCCAACCUUGGUAUGGAGAUAUUCCUAGCAGACACUGAAAAUGCAGAGACACUACCCCGGCACCAGGUUCUCGAAUUCCUGCGGGGCAUCGACCCGAAUUUGGCUGUUCGAUAUCUCGAACAUGUAAUCGGGGAGUUGAACGACAUGACUCCGGAUUUACACCAAAAGCUCCUCACUUUUUACAUGGAUCGGUUGAAGAAAAACGGAUCCGACAGCUGGGCAUUCCCUAACGGCGAGGAACGUAUUCUAUGGAGAAAUAAAUUUCUGGAGAUGUUGAGGUCAAGCUCUCAAUAUUCGCCAGCCAAGAUACUUGAUAGCCUUGAUCGCGAUGACCCUGAAUUCUUCGAAGCAAGAGCCAUUGUCUUCAGUAAAAUGGGCCAGCACAGGCAGGCCCUGGAAAUCUAUGUAUUCAAAUUGGAGGAUUAUGCGAAGGCAGAAGAGUACUGUAACCAUUUUCAUAAGACGGAUGAUAUAACUGCAGAAGCCGCACCUUUAUCAGUGCUUGACUCCGAUGAUAAGCCGUCUAUACAUCUAACGCUACUGUCGCUGUAUCUCACUCCACCUCAUGGGUAUGAGCGCCGAUAUGGGCCCGCGCUGGAGAUACUGGCAAAGCACGGAUCUCGUCUUCCACCAAGUUCAGCGUUGGAGCUGAUUCCCGAGUCACUGCCCGUUAAAGAACUUGACUUUUAUUUCAAGGGCCGUAUGCGGGCAGCCACCUCGGCCUUGAACGAAAGUCGAAUUGUGGCCAGCUUGCAGAAAGCUCAAAAUUUCAAGACAGAAGCGCAGCUCAUGGUCGGCGAAGGAACCGACGGAAAAUCAUGCAGAAUGAGACACGUCACCAUCACCGAGGAAAGAAUAUGCGGCAUCUGUCACAAGCGUAUCGGUGGUAGUGUGAUUAAUGUGUUCCCAGAGUACGUUUUCCAUGCAGUGUUUGUCUCUUCGUUCUUCCACUAA